AUGACCAUCUCCCGCGCUUGUAGAGCCUAUCUUGGGCUUAUUCGAGUGCACAUCUCCCGUUCGUGCAGUCGACUACCACGAAAAUGGGGUACCUGCCUAUUUCAUACAACCUCGAAUAAGAGACAGGGACAUGUCGGUGAUGCUACUUGA